UAGAUAAGUCAAAGUAAUAUAAAGAAUUUAUUUAAAAGAUUGUACACAAUCAGAAAGUUAAGCAACAAACUCAUAAGGAAUAGGAGCAAGCAAUAUUGGCUCCUCCUUUACUUCAAUUAAAUGUGCUGUUCUUGGUUGUGCAGGCUGUCUUUUAAGUUGAAUAAAGGUACCAGUUUCUUUUGCUAUUUUCCUAAGCCUCUCAUUUUCUCUUACUCUUUUCAAGAAAUCCUCUCUACAUUUUGAGUGGUUAACAUGCUCAAUCCUUAUGUUGAUUCUUUUAGGGAGAAUAUUACCUCUAACUCUUUUAUUAACAAUUACACCCAAUGCUCUAGGUGUAACAUUAUAUACUCUGCCUGUUUUUCCAUGGUAGCUUUUGUGUGGCAUACCUUUUUGGACAGCCCCAUUACCUUUGAUAGAUACUAUAUCACCAACUUUGUAUACUUUCAUAUAAGUAGAGAGCGGUAUAACUCCAUGUUUACGAUAACCACGAGAAAACAAAUCUCGGGUUCCUCUUCGGUAACCUUUAGAGUUAGUCAUAUUCUUAUCUCAAAAAACACGUGUUAAGAAGAUCUAAAACAUAAUAGAAUGACUGAAUUAAUCAUUGGCUUAAAAGUAACUUAUCCAAAAGAUUAAAUAAUGUACAACUUACGAAAUGAGUGAACAAUCGACUGUCUCAAAUAAACUCGACUGUGGAAGCACAAUGUGAGCUAAGCAUCACCAAAACAUGGAAGGUUUUACAAAGUAAUCAGUGUUACCAUGUUCUUUUUUUAUUUUUAUUUUAGUUCAACUAAUGUUAUUUAUUUUUUACAUUUACUGUUUGAAUAGAUUCAUUAUAUUUGACUGAUACAAUACAUCUGAUCUUAUAACUGUGAUUGAAUAAAAAUGAAACUACUAGCUGAAAAUUUAUUCAGAUAUUUGUAACAUUAAUUUUUUAUCCUUAACACCUUAAAAAGAUUUUAUAAUAAAUAUUAUAUACAAUAUUGAGAGAUGGUUGUAAUAAAUAUGUCUAUUUUCGAAUUAACUAUAGCUUCAGGUUCACUCCCCCCCCUUCUUUUCUUAAAACUAUUGAAAUAUUUUUCCUGAAGAAUCGUUAUAAAUAUCAAUAACAGUUUGGAAUAAGUAUUUUCGUUUCAAUAUCUUAAAAUUGUCAAAAUAAUUCAGAUUAAACGAAAAAUGGAUGCCGAUGGUAUUAUGAAUAACCCCAUUCUCUCCUUGCUUUGUAAUUUACAUUCCCACCACUAGGAGCAGUAACAGUUUUCUACCAACAUGGCUGUAGUGUAGUGUGUGUUGAACUUUGCUUACGGUCGUUUCACGUCGCAGUGUUUUCAUUUUCAGAAUGAAGUGAUUAUUUAUCCACGGUUACUACCAUACCUCUGAUAUGUUAAUCGUAUAUUACCGGCCCAUUAUUCAUACGUAAUGUAUAUUUUUAAUCGAUUCUCGUUUCAUUUCAAAGCAUUAUUUAUGCUCUGAAGUUAAUAUAAAUGUUUAUGAGACUAUCUUGACAUUAAGUUCGUUAGUUUAAGAUCUUCUUACAGUUGUACACUUUUUAAAUUAAAAACAUCUGGUCUCAGGUAAAAAUUAACAAAGUUUUAUUGGACUUAAUGAUAAUCAGUGGAAGUAAUGUAAAACUUGAUAAAAAACUAAUAAUUAGGUUUAAAAAAAGUACAAUAAACAAUGUGAUUAUGGCAAUAAUAUGGAUGGAAGGUCAAUAUGUGAUGGUGACUUAAGACAGUGUGUAGUCAUUGUGUGUUAAUAAAAUGACGGAUUGUGAACUGUCAUGUAGCGAAGGGAGUGUUAGUCAGGAGUGCAGGGUAACAGGCUCAUCAUGUUUAGCUUUGAAAAAUGCAGUAGCAACGCUUAAUCGCCUUGAUGAUUUUGAAUGUGAGAAGAUUGGAAAUGGCUUUUUUUCAGAAGUUUUUAAGGUCUGCCACAAGACGACCAAACAGGUGAUGGUGCUUAAGAUGAAUCUCCUCCGGUCGAACAGGCCGAAUAUGAGGAAGGAAGUCCAGCUCAUGAACCAGCUCUCCCAUCCUAACAUACUCAGGUUUAUGGGUGUCUGCGUUCACGAAGGUCAACUGCAUGCAUUGACCGAGUACAUCAAUGGCGGUCGAUUAGAGCAGAUAAUUCAAGACCGCAGUAUAGCUCUGAGUUAUUCCGUCCGAAUGAAGUUGGCCCUAGAUAUUGCCAAAGGAAUGGAAUAUCUUCAUUCCAAAGGAGUCUUUCACCGGGAUCUUACUUCGAAGAAUAUAUUAGUACGGACGAAUGAAGAGACUGGAGAGAUGACCGCAGUAGUUGGUGACUUCGGCUUUGCUGCCAAAAUACCAAGGUGUGGAUACCGACUUGCUACGGUUGGUUCUGCCUACUGGAUGUCUCCUGAAUGCUUAAAGGGAGAAUUCUAUGAUGAAUUGUCUGACGUCUUUUCCUACGGUAUUGUUCUGUGCGAGCUGAUAGGAAGGUGUGAGGCUGACCCUGAUGUUCUUCCGAGGACGGAAUCGUUCGGGCUGGACUAUAUUGCUUUCACACGAUUAUGUGUUGCAGACCCUCCUCCACCAGCCUUUUUGAGGCUAGCCUUCACCUGUUGUUCUUAUGAUCCUAGCAAGAGGCCGAGUUUCACGGAAAUAGUUACUACUCUUGAAAGCAUCAUAUGGAAUUCGAAAAACCCUUCAUCGAAAGAGAACAACUGCCAUGCAAUGUUGUCUCAGCUAAAACCUACCGCUGAUGAAAGAAUACGAGCUCUUGGAGAAGCGAUGGCCGAACAGGAUGUGCAUUACAAACCAUCCCAACAAAAUCCAUUCACCAAUAUUGCUCUAAAGACGGGAAAGAAAAUGCCUGUUGAUUCUUCAUCAGAUGCUGAUGACACUUGUGGUAGAGUUGUAGCUGAACCAGUAGUGAAACCUUCUCGUUUGAGAUCUGGUACAUCCACGGGACCCUGGCUCGAAGGAGGACUGCUCCUAACAACUAGGAGGCCUGUCCAAGCGUAUGGGCUACUCGAUGCCAUCUUAGCUGGUAGCUGUUACCACUCGCCUAGGCAGAAAGGUCGAGGUGUAGAAGGUGGCAUGCCUCCUUCCCUGCCUUCCUCCCCCACGUUCGCUAGGAGAGCAGCUGCUACCGCCCACAAACCUCAGUCUGCACCUCCUACUGCUGGGUACAGAUUAAGGGCAUGCUCCUCCGGUUCUAAUCUCGCUUCCUUAGAAGAUCAUGUUACUGUACUUAGGCGGCGGGGCUCAUGUGAAAGUGGGUUCUUUUCAAGUGUUGGUGAUGACUUCUGUAUUCCUGGUCAGGAGUUAGUGGCAUCAUCUGUGACACUUUCUUCAAGUUCAGCAGCUUCUUCACUUCUUCUAGAUUCCGCAGCAGGGGAAGAGAAGAUAGGUGGUGGUUGUGGGAGGUGGCGGGGAAAUAGAGCUUCUUCUGUUUAUACUGGGUCUUCUGAAGAUAUUUCAUUUCACAGUGAACAGAACGAGGAAAAGCUCAGGCCUCAACAGAUUCAUAAGAUGGUGGAGUAUUUUGAAAGGAAAGGCUCAUCAACCGAACCAAGAGAGUAUUUAAGACAGCUGCGAUCUACGUGCCAAGCUAGGAGAGGAGGUAGAGGUGUAAAUGCUAGACUUCUUGUUUGUGAGGGAGCAGUUAGCAGCAAACUUCAAAUAUUUGACAAGAAAUAAAGGCUGAAAAAAUUUUAUUGUCCUCGAUCAAGAAUCGGCUGUUUCCAAAAGGAAAUUGCUUGCGAAAAGACAAUAAGCACAUGAAGGUUUUAUGUUUAUUUUUAAAACAGAGAUUAUAUGUGUUUCAUUUGUGAAACAUCCAAAAAAGUCAUUAUUCAGUUUCUCCACUCUUUGUUUUAAAAUAGUUUACUUUGAUAACUGGGUAUAAUAUCUGUAAUAUUUAAUAAGAUUCCUUUUAAUAACUGUAAUAGAGAGAGUAAUAUUACAUUAUUUCAAGAUAAAAAAAAUCAAAGUUUUAUGUUAGAAAUAAACUAUAGCCUAAGUUUUAUUGUGGUAUGUUUUUAUUAUUUUGUAAUGAAAUUGUGUAACAAAUUUAUAUCUUUUUCUAUAGGAUAUACAUUUGAAUUUGUGACUGAACUCAAUUGGUUCUUUCUUUGUUGAUUGUAAUUACAUGUUACUUUUUAAUAGUGGUUUGUAUUUUGUUAUAUGGUAACAUACAUAGUAAAAGUGCAAUUAAUAGAAAUAUUUGUACAUUUUAAGUAAAUGUAAAUUAUAUAUUUAUAUAUAUUUGUAUGUAUCUCUCAUUUCUUUUUUUUUUUUUUUUUAAUGGAAAGGGAAAUUGGCUGCAUCUCUAUAUCAGUAAAAUAACUUGAUUCAUGCAUUUUUAAUCAUAUUUAAAUCCACAUUUAACAUUACCAUAUAUUUACAGAUUUGAUAUUUUGUUUUGAAUCAGAACUUUAUUUUUUCUCAUUCCUUUUAUCUUUUUCUUACUUCCAUCCAUUGUAGUAAAAAUACAUUUAAAUCAUAUAAAAAUUAUUUUUAAUAAUAUUAGGACUAUAUAUAUGGAAAUAGUUAUAAUUUAAAAUAUAAUUCAUACACAAUAAGAGUAAGAUUUGUACAUAUUCUUUAAAUAGGUCAGAUGUAAAUCAAAAAAAGACUGACUUGUGUAUAAAGAAAGUGACUUAUUAUAACAUUAUUUUCUGAAAAUAACAGUUUAUGUUAUCACCCUUUCAUCUUAUAAUAUACAGUGUAUAUUCUCCGGUUGAUUGUUGUGUUAACAAUGAGGGGGUGAAGUUGUAAAUAGUUCUUUUUCAUAUAUCAACAUCAAUUAGUAAUAUGAAACCACCUGCUCAGUGUUAUUACAUCCAAAUAAAGUUAACAAGAUAGUUUCUUUUUUUUCUUGUUAUGUUAAAAUUUUAUUGCUAUUAUAUUUGUACACAAAUAAUUUCUUUUACUAAGCAUUUAUAUCUUAAUAUUAGAUUUUUAUACCAUAUUAACUCUAUUCAGUAAUGUAAUGUAUUCCUACUAAAUUUUUAAUGCAUUUUAAGUAAGAUAGUUGGUUAUGUAAUAUAUUUAUUGCAAGAAUUAGUUGAAUCAUACAAUUAAUUUAUCAUUAAGAAUUUAAAUUUUGACUAAUGGUUUGUUUUUAAAUGACAUUGGAGUUUGGAUAUACAGUUCACUUACUACCUAAUAUUUAUUCCUUGUUAAUUAUUUUAAAAUUUUAUUUGAAUACUUAUAUUCUGAUUCUGUUGAAGGAAAGCUGCAAUAACAAUAUAUUUUGUUUAAUAACAGUAAACAUAUCAUAUUUUACUUAAACUUUUGAUUUAAAAAAUAACAUUGGUGUUUCAAUAUUUUUAACUAAAAACCUUUUUGUUGAGGAAAAAGAAAGAAAAAAGAAGAAAUAUUGCUUUCCUAUUUGAAUGAAAUAGUACCUUCUUUGUAGUGAUGGUUUUAUUUAAAAUUAAAAAGUUCCUAUUCCUACCUUAGAAAAAAAUAAUUAGAAUGUUUAAUAUCCAUAACUUUGGAGAAAAUUUUAAAUUUACAUCAAAAGUAUUUCUGCAGUAUUAUUGUAAUUUGCUAAAUAACUCCGUCUUCCUUUUUAAUGCCAAGUGUUUUUGCACUGUUAUAAAUAAUGCCAAAGGACCUAAAGCCCCAUAAGUUUGUAUAUAUAGGUAUAAAAUAUUUUAUUUUCAGUAAUCAAAAAAUAAAGAAGAAAUGGGAAAUUUAACUUGGGACUGACCAUUCUUUGUUUUUCUGUCAUAAUGCUGUUUAGUAUUGAUGUAAUGUCUAAAUGGUAUUUUUUUAGACUAAAUAAAAAAUAUUAUACAUAUGCUUUUUAUAUAAUAUAUAGAUAUAUAUUUAUGAUCUAGUCAAAUUGUCGAGGGUGCAAAGGUUUUCUUCUUUGAAUUUGUAGGUUCUAAAGGGAAUAGACAUUUAGGCAUGUCUACUCAUACUAUGUCUAUUUAUUAAGCGACUUGGGACACUCCUGAGUGCAAUAAUAUUGCAAAAAGCUCAAGUGAAUCUAGGUGCCUUUUUCUCCGUCUGUUAUGAUUUAACUGAGGAAAAGUUUUUCUUUUUUUUUUCUUUUUUAUUGUUUGUAAAUCUUUGUAAAUUUGUAAUGUAUUUGAAGGUUGCAUUGGGAAGUGUAUAAAAAAGAAAAAAAAGACAGAAGGACUACCCUUAAUUCUAAAAAUAAGGUUUUGUUUUUGUUGUUUUUUUUGUAUAAAUAAAACUUGUAUACUAUUGUUAAUAAAUUUAACAUAUAAAUCAUUAAUUAUUUAGAAAUAAAUUGUUCCAAGUUUUUGUUGGUUUUAUUCCAAAGUGUAUGUUCCUUUUUAAUACCAUUUAAUCCUCAAAACAAAUAGACUAGUGCUGCAUACAUCAAAAUUCCAUUUAAAAUUUAAUUUAUAAGGACUGAAUUUCCAGUAAUGAGCGAGAAAAUGGGCUGGAACGAAGCCUGGGGUAUGCAAAUUAAGUUAAAUCGGUAACUGCGCCCUAAGAGACUCAGAGAAUCAGACGUGUUAUUGAUGACUUUCAACAAAGGGUCGUUCAUUUUAGAA